CCCUCUGGUGCUCUGGUACAGCCGUGAGCUCUCCUCUCCCCCAGCAUCAGGUCGAUCCCUCGACAAUGGACCCCGACGACCAGCACCUGCGAGGAACCCAGCACCGUCCACCCGUCCUCCUUCAGUCCGAUGACCACGACCACUCUGGUCAUCACUCCCGUCGCUCGUCGAAUCCUCACCCCCUCAGCUUUGGUCUCCCGGACAAACCCCUGUCGCGACAGGGUCACCGGCACGAUGAUAUGAACAACGACUAUGACGAUUCUUUAUUCGGAUACCACUCGGAUCACGGAGACCAUCGACGAGGAAGUGGAAGUGCCCUGGAUGAAGACGAGCGACCCGCUCCUGUGCACGCGCAGGCAUGUCAGGAUUCGUGCCCUGUGCAGGAUAUUUAUACAGAGACAUGUUAUUCGCGCUUCAGUAAAGGCGCCCGCACGAAUCUCUAUGGACUGGCGGUGAUCAAAGAACUGGAGAGUAGCACGCCACCAGCACCACGGAUACUGGAUCAAGGAAUUUCGUCCGCAGAGGAUACAUCAACUAAUAACGAUCGCGUGAAAGGAUCCAGCAUUUUUACAAGCAGCGGCGACAUUGCGUACAAACACCUCCCAGCAAGAUAUGCCCUCGUCGCAGCCGGUGGGACCAUCAAAUGCUUCAUGGGACUUCAAGAGUCAUUCGAGUUCACGCUUGGAGAGGCUGUUAAACCAGUAGGCAGCAUAGCUGAUACUGGAGCCACAGGAGCGACUGAAUCACCAUCAUCAUCAGCGGCAGCAGCAGCGGCAGCUUCAACAACAGCAACGGUGGUGAACCAGGAGAUCAUUUCCAUGGACGCGUUUGAACGCAAAGACGGACGUGGCUGUCAAUUGGUCAUCGCCGUAUCCAUUGCGAAAGGCGAGAAUCCUGCACAAUUUGAGCUGCGUUUCUAUGGUGCCAAUACGUUUGGCGAGAGCAUUCGAGAUCUCUUGGUUCAAUUGCCAAACACUACAGACAUUCAGUCCAUUCCAAUACCCUGGGCACCGACUAAGAUUGCCCACACCCCACUGGAUGACGACCCAUUCGAGAUGGCAGUCCUAGUAGCAGGGAGUGAUAGCAGUGUUCAUUUCUUUGUUCAGGAUCUGUCAACAUCAGAUACUUUGACCGACAAAUUCUUUGAUGAGCGACCUAUUGAGCCUCAUGUCACAGUCCUGGCGUCAUUCACGUACUGUGAAUACUGUGUAUUGAGUCUUGACGUAAAGGACUAUCCUACAUGCCGAGUCGUGGCGGCAGGGACACAAAACGGGACGUUGAAUGUCGGGAUUAUCCCUAGGGACCCUAAAACACUGAAACUGACCCGCUCUCAGACUAGGUGUCAUACUGUCGUCUUAUUUGCACCGAUCACGACUCUCAGCGUGUUUACGUCCCGAGUCCCGACAGAGCAUCGACAGAAGCGGGGCGGGGUCGUUGGUAAUAAGGAUGGUCAAGGGCAGACGCAGGCUGAUCAGCAGGCUGAACAGAGCGCGCAGACAGCGACUAACGAGCAACAGAAGAAGGAAGAUAUGAAACCACAUGAUGUGGAGGUGGACGAGGCUUUUGAGGAAGAAGAAGAAACUGGGAUCCAUCUGUUGGUGACCUGCGCGAUCGAGCAGGCUUGGGUCUACAGGUAAUAGACACAAGAAGCACUCAUCACCGUCUUAUCAAGAUAUUUGCAGAAAGGUCCUAAUUUUGCAUAUAUCGGUCCCUUUCUUUUUUUCU